AUGGAUACGAUUCACUUUGAAUUGUUGCCCGAGGCUUCAACGUCAGCCGAAUCGCUGACGGUGACCACUGACGAAUGCUACCACGAGGAGUCGACGACGGACACCGUCCGGAUGGUGCUCAAUUUCGGUGUGGGCAGCGUGAUCGGCAUUACGGGAAUCUGCCUGAACACCAUACUGCUGCUGCUCUUCUCGCGGCUGUCGUUUCGUAACACCAACUAUCUCUACCUGUACAUAUUGGCCUUUUUCGACAUAGUGGUCGAGAGCUGUUUCAUCCUCAUCUUCUCGCUAUCCAGCUACUACGAGUACUUUGAAAACUAUGAGCUCUACGUGGCGUGGCACAACUAUCUGCGCGCCGUCUCGACGAUCGGGCAGGUGCUCAUCCUCGCCUCAUCCGUGCUGAUCGUGCUCGCCUCGUUUGAGCGCUACAUGUGCUCGUCGUCGAAAACACCCGGCUUCGACCCGACAACCCGGGGGCAGCUCAUCUUUUGCGUAAUUCUAUACGCAUUUAUCGUGAAGGGCACCGUUUUCGCCGAGCUCACCCUGAAGCACGAGCCCCACUGUGACCCGUUCUCCGAUUGGCACAUUCAGCAGAGUACAUUGGCCAGCCACGAAAGCUUCUACUAUCGAUGGUGGAUGUUCCACGGGCGGAACGUGCUGAGCGUCUUCUUGCCCUUCUCCCUACUCUGCGUACUCAACUUCCUCACGUUCCGCAACAUCAACCGCAAGAGCAAGCACUUUGAGGCGAUGCUGCUCGAGGGCCCGACAAUGCUACUUCCGCAAGACGCCCAACAAGCGCUCGUCACGCGCGAGCGCAAGCGUGAUGCCACUUACACACUUUUCGCGCUUGUUUCGGUGUACCUCUUCUCAAACCUGAUCAACGCGACGUUGACGUUCUGGGAAUACAUCGACCGGGAUGGCCUAGCGGGUGGUUUUGGCACCGCGUAUAGAUACUUGGCCGACAUCUCGUCGAUCCUGACCACCGCUGCCACCUCCUUCCGCCUCCCGAUCUACUGGGCUUGCAACAGAGAAUUGCGCAAUCAUUUGUCCGCUUUCAUCGGCGAAUUCUCAACAAGCAGCCUAAAGAAACGCUUAUCUGUGAAGCACGAAGUGAUGGUG